AAUUGCAUAUUCAGCGUUCUUUAUUUUCUCAGUCCAGCUCUGUCCGAAGACAGCAUUGAGCUAGAAAGAGGUUUUUGCGCGAGCGUUCCGAGUCCUCCGUCGCUGUCCUCCCCUGAGCUAAGCGGUCCCCGAAAAGCUGCGAAGCGUCGCGUUAAUGGAGCUGUGCCCUUCGGUGAAGAAUGUACUCUUACUAGAUUCUGAAGGAAACCGCGUUGCGGCUAAGUACUACUGCGAUGACUGGCCGACCAACAGCGCGAAGGAAGCUUUCGAGAAAGCAGUGUUCACUAAGACCCAGAAGACCAAUGCCCGAACAGAAGCUGAAAUAGCGAUGAUCGAAAACAACGUUGUCGUUUACAAGUUUGUGCAAAGUCUUCACUUUUUUGUUACCGGAGGUGAAGACGAGAAUGAGCUCAUUUUAGCGACAGUUCUUCAAGGAUUUUGUGAUGCAGUUGGUCUUCUCUUAAGCACUUGUUCCAGGGGCCAUGUUGACAGAAGGGAGGCAUUAGAAAAUCUGGAUCUGAUCCUAAUGUGCCUUGAUGAAAUUGUUGAUGGCGGCAUUAUUCUUGAAACUGAUCCGAACGUGAUAGCAGGGAAGGUUGCAAGUCAAAGCGUGGAUGCUGGAGGUCCUCUGUCUGAGCAGACGAUAAGUCAAGCCCUGGCCACAGCGAGAGAGCACUUGACCAGAUCUCUUCUGAACUGAUUUUGCACCUGAUGGAAUACAUUGUGUCUUCUUAUCCAUCAUAGGGUUAGGGUCGUAUCCAUACUCUGUUCGUUGCUUUUGAUUUUCAUGCCAAUUGAACUAUCAAUCUCAAUUUGGCUUCUGGAUUCACUGAAUGAUGUGGGUGGGCUUUUGUGAGGAUUUUGGUGGAGGCAAAACUGAGUAUGGUCUGUAGAUCAAGUACUAAAGCGACCACUUUAGCUUAAUGGAAAAGAUUCCAGAAGAAA